ACUAGUUUGUCUUUUAUAGGUGUCAGAGAGACGCAGCUCAUCCAAGCUAACAACCCUGCAAGACUUGGAUUCAUCCCUCAUGGAUUCCAGCAAUGUCUCGGCGCUGUGGUACAGGAGGUCAAAGCCUCUGGGGAAGGUGAAGCGACGGGUGCAGGACCUUCGCAUUCCUUCCGCCCAUUACAAUGAACUCAAAGACAGCGAACCAACACAGGACCUCAGCCACAACGAGGCUGCUCGUCUGGCAGCGGACUCCCUGCUCAGUCACGGUUUAGAGGGAUACCAUGAGGUUUUAAGUGCAGAGGGAGAGGUGGACUUCUUAUCAGUGGUGGAGAAAAGUUACAUCCUGGAAAAUGGGAGGGAUGGCAAAUCAGUUGAACCUGAUGCAUCAGAUGAUGCUGACAAAGACCCAGAUACCUUGUCUCCAGGUAGCCACUCUUCCAAACAUUAUCGUUCAAUGUCCACAGACAGAAACCCUGUUGAGGACCCAAACAGCAUUAAAGAUGUGACUGUGACUAAUCGUGGCCAGGAUGUGUACAGGAUGUAUCUCCAGUCCGAAGGCAGAUCUUGUGCAAUGAAAGAUUCUGUCAGAGAGUUCAUCAGAAAAGCUGAAACGGUCCUGGCUAUAGUGAUUGACAGCUUCACUGACGUGGAGCUGCUGUGUGAUCUCCUGGAGGCAAGCAGGAAAAGGAACGUGUCUGUUCACCUGCUGUUGGAUCAUCUCAACGUCGACCUGUUUGUCAGCAUGUGGCAGGAGCUCAAAUUGGAGAGCAAAAACUUCCCUAAACUAUCAGUACGCAGCGUCAAUGGACAGACAUACUGUGCCAAAACAGGCCGGAAGCUGACCGGGCAGAUUGCUGAGAGUUUUAUGAUAUCUGACUCGACUCAAGUGCUGACUGGGUCAUACAGUUUCUCCUGGCUGUCUUGGCACGUUCAUCGUACUAUGGUUGUUCUUGUGAAAGGCAGCAUGGUUGAACGUUUUGAUCAGGAAUUCCACCGACUGUACUCCAGCUCCAAACCCGUACCUGGCUUUGUCGGUGAUAACUCCCUGCCCUGUGCUCUCCCUCCUCACACCUCUUUACUGUCAGUGAAGGAUGGAAAUGCUGCUGUCAGCAAGUCCAAAGUGAGUAAUGCCAAAACAAUGUGCAACAAGGCCUUGAAUGAAGAUGCUCAAAACAUAGAUAUAAAACCAAAAGUGUUGGUUUUAUCUGAAAUCCAAAGUCCCAAAUUAGAGUGCAGCAAAGGAGACACCCAGCCUUUACACAAAGGUGACACUGGUACACUAUUGCAUGAAAUACCUCCACAACUGGACCCAAAACCUCCGGUGCAAACAUCACAGAGUGCAGCUGAGGGGAUGCAAAAGCACAAGGAAGAAGCUGUUAGCACCCUUCAUGAUGCACUACCAAAUGUGGAACCUUCAGAGAAAAAUCUAAACAAGAUACAGACUGAAUAUACAAACGCUCAGUCCCAGCCAAACAGCCCCUCCUCCACCACUUCAGCUAAAAGUACUGUGAGUGUUCAGGAAUCAAACCCACUGUACACUGAUUCAACUGCAUUUGGACAUGUCCUGCACAGGACUCCACGGUAUCAAUCAAUACUGGCGACAGCUUCAAACAUGCAGCAACAUAAUGUGGGUGCUGAAGGUAUUUUCUUUCAGCAGAAUAGAGACAGGUUUACUAAACCUUCAGGAGGACUUUUUGGAGGUCUGAACACACAAAGACGACAAUGGAACGGCACACUAAACUUCAAACCAAAUGUGGACUUUGUACCAGAAAUCCGCUCUCCUACUGCAACAUCACCGCUUAGUCCUGGAUCCAACUGGCUGCCCCUCUCUCGCCAACACUCCUUUAACAGCAGCUACAGGUCGGGACAGAACAGAGACGCACAGAUGGGCUGGAGGCCGUCUCACAACAUCAUGAAUCCAGGAUUAGCAAGGAGCAAGAGCAUGGUUGAAAGACACUCAGUAGGGUUCACAGGAGCAGGUCGUAACCGAAACAUGAGCUAUACCUGAAAGAAAUGCAGACUGAGGAUCAACGGAACAGUUUACUUUCACAACUAUACAGGUCAAUGAUGACACACUGUGCGGUUAUCAAUGCAUGAGAUAUAUGUCCAAUGUAGUUUGGACAGAUUGGGAAAUAUUAAACUCUUGUCUUUUUUCCACCAAAAUUAUAAGGUAUGCAUUCAUUUUAGAACAUUCACCUUUUGUGUUUUUGUGUGUAGUGAAACUAUGUAUUAUUUUCUAAAAACAAAAUGUUAACCAAGGAUUUAUGCAUACUAAAUGUUUUAAAACUUGAAACUGCAGUACAAUUUAAUAUGAUUUUAUUUUUUAAAGAUUGAUUUUAUGUUGAUCUUUUCCUGAAAAAAUUAAACAAGUGUUUCCAGGAAGUGAAAUAAGUUUAUUUUCAAUUGAUAUACUGAAAAUACAUGCCUUUUCUGUAUGUACACCCCAGAUAUUUUAAAUAACUUUGGAAACGCUGA